AUGGAUGCUGCACGUCUUGAAAGACUCCAAGCCCUGAAAUCAGUUUCUGAACAAGCUCGCAUUGGCGGCAAAGGCACUGCUCGCAGAAAGAGGAAAGUUGUCCACAAAACUGCCGCGACUGAUGACAAGAAAUUGCAGGCUACUCUCAAGAAACUGGGGAUCAAUGUUAUACCAUCAAUUGAGGAGGUUAACAUGUAUCGGGCCGAUGGGACGAUGAUUCACUUCAAGAAUCCGAGGGUUCAAGCGUCGCCUCAGGCGAACAUGUUUGCCGUUUCUGGUCUUGCAGAAAACAAGACUCUUAAUGACUUAUUUCCAAAUAUGAUGAGCCAGCUUGAGACCGCCAAGCAGCGUCUUUCAAAGAUGAAUGAAACUGCACAUUUCGAAUCAGCGGAUAAUGCAGACAAUGACGACGAUGAUGUGCCCGAUCUCGUUGGCGACUUUGAUGAAAAGAGCCGUCAGGAGUAG